CCGAUGCAAGCCGGGGCCGAGGUCGUUCCCGUCGACAGUGCGAUGGCCGUCGCCGCGACGUCGCCCAAGCCAGAGCCGCUCACUUAUGACGUGCACCUCUUCGAGGCCUUCCCGGCCGUGUGCGCCAAGGGCAAGAACGGCGUCCAGACAUGCCAAGCCAUGUCGCUCUUCCUUCAAGAUCGCGCCAACUUUGAGAUGCUCUACAGCAAGCAGCUCGGCAAGAUCCAGCAGAGCCCCAAGUCGGAGGACUGGGCGAAACAAGUGGCGUCGGUCUGGGCGGCCGUGCACAAGGCGAUGGCGUCCAUCUCAGCCGAGCACGCCGAUUUCGCGAGCAAGCACACGACGAGCAUCGUUGCUGGCAUCAAGGCGUGCACGCUGCAGCAAGACACGCAGAUCCAGCGGCUCACGUCCGAGGGCCUUAAAGUCAAGAGCCGGUACCAAGACUACGUCACCAAGGCCAACAAGACCAAGGAGCGCUACGACAAAAAGUGUGCCGACGCGCUCGAGCUCCUCGCGUCCUUGAGCCGCAAGCCCGACGGCGACAAGUCGUCGUCGGAUCUCUUUUCCAAAGUGUGGGACUCGACGAAGAACCUUGCGUUCACGUCGCAGGACCGCCAGCGCACCAAGGUCGCGGCCGCCAUGGACGACAUUGUCGCUGCCGAAGCCGCGUACACGCGUGCCAUCGAGGCGCUCGCUUCGCAGCGAACCGUUUACGAGCGCAGCUUGAAGGAGAACCUCCGGGCCUUUGAGGUCACGGAGGAGCAGCGCAUCGAGUACAUUAAAGACUUGCUCUUGCGCACGGAGAAGGCGCGGCUCGGGACGCUCAAGAAGAUUGAAGCAGUCAUCGCCGACAUGCAAGCAGCGAUCCAGUCGAUCGAUGUGCUCGAUGACAUUGAAGAUGGGCUCGUGCAAGGCCUGGGGCUCCAGUCCCCCGAGCUCACGUCCGAGACGGCGUGGCUCCUCGACACGGAGAGCAGUCGACUGGCGGACCUCGUCGCUGGCGUGCAGAGCAUGAGCGACCAAGGCGUCAUCUGCACACACGCCAUGCUCAACACACUGGUCGACUACAUUUCCGCGGAAGAAACCUUUGUCCAAGCGCUCGACAAGCUCUCGAGCAUCCAUGGGACACCGCCCAACGAAAAGACAGAGACAGGACUCUUUGCGUCGUCGUACCCCGUGGUGGCCGACGAAGGCGCGACCUUUAGCGCUGCAUGGGCCGCGGUCGUCGCCCAGCUGCAGCGGGUCGCGUACCUCCAUCGCGAGUUUGGGUCGCUCCUCGCCGAGCCCGUGCUUUUGAGUCUGGGCACGAUGAAGAACGAGUACGACGAGACCAAGACGGCGCUGGACGCGGACCUCGGACGCUUGUACGGGACCAUUUUGGCCGAGCGACAAGCCCACGGUCGACUCGUGGCGCGACUCGAGGCGAAGCGCAAGGAGCUCGAUGCCAACCAGAUGACACAGUCCAACAACAGCGACAAGGAGGACAUGCUGCACCAUCUUGGGCUUGCUGACAGUCCGUCGGAGCGAGAGCGCAAGCUCGGCUGGAAGGUCGACCAGCUUCGCGACGAGAUUACGGAUCUUUCGGCCCAAGUUGACGCGAGCGCGGCCACGCUGCUCGGCAAAGCCGACAUGUUUCGCCAGGAGCUCCAGCGCGUGCUUUCGGGGUACUUGAAGAACGAGAAAUACCGUCUCGAUGUCAAGAAGAGCUCGUUGCGGUCGCUCGUCAAGGCCCACGACCACCUCGUGUUGGGCUUGAAGCACGCGUCCCAAGCGAUCGUGACGGACGUCGACCAGCUCUCGGCGACGUGCGACAUUCAAGAAUUCAUCCGACACGUCGUCCAAGAGUCGCCACCGUCCGAGGCGCCGACCUUGGUGCCAGUGCUCUCGACGUCGCCCGUCUUGCUCGAGCAACUUCGCAAACACACGUCGACGUCCAAGCCCAAGCUCGUGGCGACGUCGAGCAACUCGAAUCUGGCGCGGACCAUGGACGAGACGGAAGACUCGAACGCAAGCGACGCGGACGCGAUACUCGACAAGAAGGACGAGCUCAAGGACGAUAAGGACUCACUUCUCUUUGCGAUGGGCUCGGCCGAGUUUCAGCGCGUCUUCAACUUGGCCGCGUCCGAGCACGUCGUGGCGACCUUUUCGUGUGCCUUGUACCUCCACAACUUUCCGUGCCAAGGCCGACUGUACCUCUCGCAGACGUACCUCUGCUUUACAGGCUGGCGCGACGCGUUUGUGGUGCUGCCGCUCACGGAGAUUACGCACAUGGAGCGCAAGAACACGGCGAUCGUUGUUCCCAACGCCCUCGAGCUCACGACGGCGACGCAAGGCCGGUUCUUUUUUGCGUCGUUUCUAUACCGCGACGAAUGCAUGCAGUCAAUCGGUCAGCUGCGGCAGAUUCAACAACAAAUGCAAGCCAUCUUGACACCCUCGGAAGAAGUCGAGACGACCAACGGCGAGGCUCCCGAGACGCAAUCAAGUCUGGAUGUUUCGGAGCAAGAGACGAUCCUUUCGCAAGACUAUGACGUGGUCAUGGACGAAGUGCUGUCGCUGCCGUUGGCGUACGCCUACAAGUCGCUCUGGGAGCCCGCCGGCUAUUUGGACGCGCUCCUGAACGCGUCGGGGGAGACCAACGUGAGCGUCGGCGAGUGGUCGUCGUCGCCGGUGCAGUACACGGCGUUCAAGCGGCCAGAGACGUUCCAGAAAGCGCGCACGGUCACGUAUACGCACAACAAAAAGUACAUGGUUGGGCCCAGUGCGAUCCCGACGUCGCAGGUGCAGCGUCUCUCGUACACUGACGGUGUCGGCCUCGUGCUCAGCGUCACGGCGACGGUCGCCGACGCGCCGUACCACGACUACUUUCGCGCCGAGAGUCGGUGGCUCUUGACGCCAUUGGCCAACGGCGACACGCGUCUCCGCACGGGCGUGCGCCUCUUUUGGGUCAAGAGCACGUGGCUCAAAAAGCAGAUCGAAGGCGCAACCGCAUCCGAGUCCAAGGAAACCAUGAAGCUCUGGACGGUCAAGGCGAUCGAAGCCUUCAAGAAGACGACGACCACGACGACGGCCAAGACACCACCGACGACAGCGCCGAGUACCGAGAAACCGCCCGUCGUGGCCGAGGUGCCCAAAACGAUGGUGCCACCGGUCGCACUCAAGAUGGAGGGCCGACUGCUGUGGGGACUCGUGCUGCUGGGCUACUUGCUAGUCUUGCUCAGUCUCUGGCGGCUCGGGAGCCUCCAGCAGCGAAGCGUGGCGCUCCAAGAAGAACAAGUCGCACUCCUUCGUGCGAUGCUGAAGUCGAUUGCGGACGCAGAGCUGCGCGACGUGAUGCAACACGUGCUUCCGCCGCACUAAGACCGCC